GAGACAAAUUGUCACAGCCAUCCCUUCUGCCAUGCGGCACGACCCACUUUCGAGCUUUUGUUGCAGUGCACCCGGCUUCAUCGCAACAGCAUUCUAGCUCGAUCAAUUUCUGAAAGCCAUACGGAUGAUGCAAUGCGUCAGUGACGACCAUUAAACCAUGGCCCAGUCCUACCACGCACAAUGCUGUGUGGGCAUUCAGAUGGGAAGCAAACAAACCAUAGCAAGAGUGCGUCACUCAGACUCCGUACGGAUUGGUCUUCCGACUCCCCUGCCCAGAGCUUGCGCGCUCAGGGCAUCUCUAAAGACCAAAGAAGCAUGUGGGGCCGCUUUCAAGGUGCUUAGCUGGAGACCUCCUCACACUUUUCUAGAAGGCGUCGGGGCGCCAUUACAGUGCCCAACCAGUCAAAGAUCCGAUCGUAGCGGCCACUUGAGUUGCAAAGCUGGCAUCAAGGAUAGUGAGAUUUCGUCUGAUGAUGCAAUCAAGAUCCAAGAGUUGCUGGCAAUCAACGAGCAGCAGCGGAAGCGGAUAGAAGAACUAGAGGCGGCGAUAGAAAACCAGUCCCGUCCGGCCGCUGCCGAAAUCGUAGAGAAGCCGGUUGCUUCAGAAACACAGCCCGAAGAAGAAACCCCACCACCCAUGCCGAAGGCUCCCCCACUUGUGUCAUUAUUGGGCGCACUGGGGACGAUGCGCAAAAAACAAUCUCUGAAGGUCCGGAAGAGGCUCAAAGACUUGGACUUGGUGCCUGCCAAGGCUGAGUCCAAGGCUGAGUCCAAGGCUGAGCCCAAGGCUGAUCUCAAGGCCGAGCCCAAGGCCGAGCCCAAGGCCGAGCCCAAGGCCGAGUUCAAUGCUCAUCCCAAGGCCGAGUCCAAUGCUGAUCCCAAGCCUGAGCCUAACGCUGAGUCCAAGGCUGAGCCCAAGGCUGAGCCCAACGCUGAGCCCAAGGCUGAGCCAAAGGCCGAGUCCAAGGCUGAGCCCAAGGCCGAGCCCAAGGCCGAGUCCAAGGCUGAGCCCAAGGCUGAAACCAAGGCUGAGCCCAAGGCUGAUCCCAAGGCUGAGCCCAAGGCCGAGCUCAAGGCUGAGCCCAAGGCUGAGUCCAAUGCCGAGCUCAAGGCGGAGUCCAAGGCUGAGUCCAAUGCCGAGCUCAAGGCGGAGUCCAAUGCCGAGCCCAAUGCCGAGCCCAAGGCCGAGCCCAGGGCCGAGCCCAACGCUGAGCCCAGCGCUGAGUCCAAGGCUGAGCCCAAUGCUGAUCCCAAGGCUGAAUCCAAGGUUGAGCCCAAGGCUGAGCCCAAUGUUGAGCCCGAGGCCCCCUCCAAAGAACGUCCCAAGGCAAAGACCGUUGAGUGGCCGUCCCCCACUGAUCCGGUGCCGUUCUGGGAGCGACCCGUGACGCCGUUGGCAGUGGAUGCCGCGAGACCGGGGGACGGGGACGUGUCCCAAGACUCACACCCGAUGCACAUCGUGCAUGUGACUGCGGAGAUGGCUCCCCUGGCAAAGGUGGGCGGACUUGGCGACGUCGUGACCGGUCUUGCUCGCGCGUGCCUUGCCCGCGGGCACCGCGUCGAAGUGCUCCUCCCCUUCUACGAGUGCAUCGACAUAUCUCAGGUGAACGACCUACAACCCGGCGAAGAGUACAACUCGUUCCACCGGGGGGGCUGGGUCAACCUGCAAGUGUUCCGGGGGGGGGUGUCGGGCGUCCCCGUGCUGUUCUUCAAGCCUGCGAACCACUUCUUCCGGGGGAACAGGAUCUACGGGGGGAGCUACGACGAGCUGGAAGCGUACCUGUUCUUCAGCCGCGCGGUGCUCGAGUAUUUCCAGGUGCUGAGUCAGCAGCCUGACGUCAUCCACAUCCACGAGUGGCACACGUCGGGCGUGGCUCUGCUGUACUGGGACAUGUACAACGCGCUCGGGCUCACGCGGCCGCGCAUCGCGCUGACCAUUCACAACAUGGAGCACCACGGUGAGUGCCGCCGGGAGCAGCUCGACAUGUGCGGGCUGGAUGGGGGCUCCUAUCUGGUACCGGAUAAGGCGAUCGACGACCGCACGAUCGGGCACAACCCCGAGCGGGGCAGCCUCCUCAAGGGGGGCAUCGUGUACAGCAACGUCGUGACUACGGUGUCCCCCACGUACGCGGAAGAAACGCUGUGCAGCGGGUGGCUCUCGUCCGCGCUGAUGCGCAACCGGGAAAAGUACCACGGCGUGCUCAACGGAAUCGACACCGUGCUGUGGGACCCGGAGCGAGACCCGCAUUUACCGGCGACGUUCAGUGCGGACGAUCUAGAAGGCAAGCGCAUCGUGAAGCACUACGUCCAGCGGGGACUGGGUUUGGCACCGGACCUCCAAACCGACCCGUCGAGCCUGACAGGGUUUGGUGACGUGGCCACACGACAGCCGCUCGUUGUGUGCGUGACGCGGCUAGUCGCACAAAAAGGGGUGCACCUCAUCAGGCACGCCAUCUUCCGCACGGCUGAGCAGGGCGGCCAGUUCGUGCUGCUGGGUAGCGCGCCUGACCCGCGCAUCCAAGCCGAGUUCCAACAAUUAGCGGACCAGUUCCGGGACAACACCGCCGUGCGGCUCCUGCUUACGUACAGUGAGUCCCUGGCGCAUCUGCUCUUUGCCGCCGCGGACGUGUUGCUGGUGCCGUCCAUGUUCGAGCCGUGCGGGCUGACCCAGAUGAUCGCCAUGCGCUACGGGACGAUCCCGGUGGUUCGACGGACGGGAGGCCUUGCGGAUACGGUCUUCGACGUCGACAACCAGGCGGACCAAGAAAGAGCCAACGGGUACGUCUUUGACGGCAUCGGCGAAGGGGAUUUGGACUCCGCGUUGGAUCGGGCGUUGCGGCACUACAAAGAGAACGCCGAGGAGUGGGAUCGGCUUGCGUCCAAGGUCAUGAAGAUCGACAACAGCUGGAACAAGUCAGCGGGCCAGUAUGUUGAACUAUACUCCGGGAUCCGAGCAUGAUGCAAUCUGUAUUAAGCACGUCCAGUCCGACUUCGAUUGCACGCCUUUCCGACGAGGUUUUCGGAUGUACACCUGGAUUGAAUGGUCCGACCAGUGCUGUUAUUUAUGUUCUUGCUUUAGGCGAUGGGUCCGCUUCCAAUCUGCACUGCCAGGUGGAAAGAUGACAAUGACGCGGGUCAUCUGCCGCAAUCUCUCCAGUCCGACCGGG